UGUUUGGUAAGGAAGACCCUAUUUUUGUGAUAUGUGCACAUUGAAAGUUUGUACUUAUUGAAAUAAUAUUUAAUAAAGAGGAUGCCACAGCCGGGGAUCGAGGGUGGGACCCUAGAAAAAUUUACUGGGUGUCUGCGUCUAAUCUAAAUGGACCUGCUCACUCAGAAUUGAAAUGGUCGGAUGAUAAAACAGUCAAAAGUGAGGUCAUGAAUCCAAUAAAAAUUCAUGACAACAUCCAUCCAGUCUGUGGUCAGCUGGGGUACAUUCCACCAAAAGGAUUCUUUGUUCACACGGCCAAUUGCUUGAACAAAAACUAUGUGAUUUGUUCAAAAAAGAAUAUUUCUCCGAAAAAACCUGGAGCACGUAUUCAACUACCUGUGGAUGACAUAGAACUUUACAACAAAAGCUUAUCUUUCCCAACUGAGGAAGAACUAUUACAUAACUUUGUCAAUUUAAAUCGAGAUCGAUGUCCCAUCAUUCCUGAUUUUGAGGCAGAGUAUAACGCCUCGUGUGAGGGUUCAGCUUUUAGGGGUUCAGAUCUUAGACAGAAUAUAACGACGACAAAUUCAACAUAUGACAUUAAAUACAAAAUAAAUUCACAAAAUAAAAGGAUCCUCGAUAUCGCGAUUAAAAAUGGCGUCCUCGGGUAUAAGGUUCCGGACCACUCACCAAAUUAUGGAUUCAAAUUGUUGGAAAUAUCUACGGACAUUUUGACAAAAAUGUGUCCAAUUAUACCCCCAGAAUUAAUUCAAUCUGCGUAUCAACUAUUUCAUGAAGUCCAUUGGAUGACGUCUCAAGGUCGAACGGAAGUGUUAAAAAUGUCCGACUAUAAAUGGAUUCUAAAAUUACUGGAGAAAUGUGCAAACAGCGUGAAACCAUUUCCCGUUCUUACAGACAAUUGUGGCGACAAGAUGAUCGCAGUCGACAAUUGCACCGAGUAUAUUUGUACAAAUCCGAAUUCGGAGACCAAGAUUAGUCGGACGGACCCGUUGGUGGAUAUCAUUUGGAAAUCUUUUGAGAUGGCUCACACUCACUGUUUUCCUUUUUUCGAAGGCGAGGCACACACAAUUUUUGUUUGCUCAACACUAUGA